AUGGACAAUAUGUGGAAAGAUAUCAUCCUUCAGGCAGCCGUAUUUCUCCUCAUCAUCGUCGUGUUCCUGUUAAUUCACAACAUCCCCCAAAAACUCAUCUCCAAGAUCCGUUACAGAGACCGACCCGUUCACCAAGCCAAGCGACACUUCGUCAAUGGCGCUCAGCUCUUAGCCCAAGCCAGAUCUUCCAAAGACCGAUCCGCCGUCGAUUCGCUAGCCAAAUCGGCCGAGUCCGAAGCCGAUAAAGCGAUCGCUAUCGAUCCGACGGACGCGGCGUCUCAUAUAUUGAAAGCCCUAGCUCUCGAACUCCAGGGGUUCAAGACCUCGGCUCUUGACUCGAUCGAUAUCUCUCUGUCGCCGUUGGCAGUGAAGUCUCUGGAGGAGAAUGAGAGAGGGGACGCGUUGUUGAAGAGAGCUGAGUUGAGACUCGCGGUGAGUCGACGCGGACAGAUUGACUCGGUGGUUCAGGACCUGGUUGAGUCGGUGAGGUUGAAGAAUGAUAAUGCCAAGGCGUAUUUUUUGUUGGGCGAGUGUUAUGAGAAGAAGAGUAUGAGAGAAGAGGCGAGGACGGCUUAUGAGGACGCGAUUAGGGUCGAGCCCAAGUACAAAGUGGCUCGAGAGGCACUGGACCGGUUGGGUUCGUAG